AUCUAAGAGAUUUCUCCUAUAUACAAUGUAUUCAUGGGACUAUGUUCUGAUUAUACUGCAAGUAACACUAUCUUUUGUUGCAAGUCAACAGGAUUUAACAUAUCAAUUGAAAAUUAUUUUCACUGACCAACCAAAGUACAUCGUAAGGGGUUCAGAAGUUCAUCUGACAUGCGUAUUGACUGGUGGGAACCAACCCCAUCUCACGUGGAUAUCGCCUUUGCGAACACUUCCGGAAAAAUGUCGCACAGAAAAUGGCGGUUCCACCUUGAUAAUCCCAAAUUACGAGGAGUCGGACAAUGGCCAAUAUAUCUGUGUGGCAUCCGAUGGCCAACGGUUUGCUAACCACGUGUUCACUUUGAAUAUGAAUGAUCAUCGAACUUCAACAUCUACUGAAUUGACAACAAUGACGACGACAACCUCGACAACUAUGAAGACUACAAUACCAACAACUGCUACACGUAAGAGUUUAGAGUAUUUGGAACUUAUGCUAAUAUUCCUAAUAAUAGGGUAUUAUUGCAUAUAUUAACUA